UUUCUGGCCGAGGCGGUGGUCUGCUGUCGGGGCGUUGCAGGCGGUGAAGCAGAUGCAGGUCUUGCGUUGCACAAUAUUUAUCCUGGAGGCUUCGUGGAGGCAGAGGCGAUUGUACCUCUUGGGGCAGCUUCUUGAACCUCUACAUUGCCAAUCUAUAUUGCACUUUCCAACAGGGAGGUAUUGCCUACGACUUGCUGCUUCGUGGAGUCCCCACACAAGAACAGAUCGAACAACUCGAAGAUGACGAUGAGCCCUAGACCAACGUCUCUAUUUUUGUCUCACGGAGGAGGCCCGGGUUUCCUCAUGACGGGCCGCACGGGAGGGAUGAAGCAGAUCGACGCUACGAGCGCCGCGGCGCAGUGGUACCGCACGUUCACCAAGAAGUGGGCCAAGCCUUCGGCCAUCGUCGUCGUGUCGGCGCAUUGGGAAGGAAGGGGCGCCAUCAAGGUCACCACCGGCGAGAAGCAUCCCUUGUUCUUCGACUACUACGGGUUCCCGGACUACUGCUACGACCUUGAAUACGCCCCCCCCGGCCACCCGGAGUUGGCAAGGCGCAUCAUCGAGCUGCUAGAGGCGGACGGCUUCAACGCCCGGGGGGACGAUUCGCGCGGCUACGACCACGGGACUUUCAUCCCUCUCAAGCUCAUGUAUCCCGACGCCGACAUUCCCGUCGUGCAGGUGUCCCUCUUGGGAGGCCUUGAUCCGGAAAAGCACCUCAAGAUGGGUCAGACCCUCAAGAAACUUGUCGACGAACGGGAUGUUUUGGUCGUCGGCAGCGGCCAGGCGACCCAUGGCAGUGGCAGCGAUCACCGCCCGUACCCGCCAGGCAAGGGAGCGCCGAAGGAAGAGGCCUUCGUCGACUGGCUCAAGGAGACCGCCGCCUCCUCUGCCGUUACCCCGGAGGAGCGCCAGCGACGGCUGCGGGAGUGGGAGAGGGACGCGCCGCACGGCCGCAACGCUCACCCUCGCGAGGAGCACCUCCUGCCGCUGCAUGUCGCGGCCGGGUGCACCGGCUUCCAGCCGGGAUCCAUCAUCUUCGACGACUUCGCCAUGGGCCACAUGUCGCUGGCUUGCGUGGGGUUCUGGCCCGGUGGCGGGGAGGGCGAGGCGAAAGGCGGGAAUGAUGAGGGUGUGUGCUCUGCCUGACCACGUUGCCCCCCCCCCCCCGGCCGGUAAUACCUGGCUUCUCUGACGCAGUACUUGGUGUUAUUUUGCGUGAUAGUGCUGAGUGGAGCACCUUGUGAGGUAUGCAGCGUUCCCACUGAGCUACCGGUCAGCGCUGCCUGUUAGCUCAGUAGGAACGCUGCAUGCCUCAGAACGGAAGGAACCGGAGGCCUAUGCAGCUGGGAGGCUGUUCGACCUCCCAUUCUCCGCGCAAAGGGCAUGUCCUUCAUUCUACGCUUUCCCACAAGCCUUAUCGGCGAACUGGCGGGUCCCGAGUCUCUGUCGUGGCAACUGGAAAGACGUCGUUCAUGCAUAUGUUUUCAGUCCGAAUUCGUUCCUUGACAAUUUGCGCCUCGGAUGCCUAAAGAGAGAUUCAGACCCCAAUCGAGGCUUGUUACCGAUAGGAGCAAGCCAAUAGUGUAGUGUUGUUGCGGGAGUUUGUCUCUCCUCUCCUCGAAUCGGUUUCGGUGAAACCGUCAAAAAAGAGAAUAUUCAUUCCUGGUCGUGUCGUCGCCCACUCGGGAAAAUUCGGGAUGGAGUGGCCAUAUAGAGAGCUGACGAGGCAUAGACCCCAUGUUCCUGCUGACAAGAGCCAUAGGUGGAAUUAGGCGGCCUUGUGGUAUUUAGGGCCCUUGAAUCAACACGGUGCGGACAGAUUGAAAGGGCCUGACCACCUUGUCGGGUGCUUUUUUUCGGAAUGAAAGGGUUGCUUUUGGAUGUGUGGCAUGGCAAGUUGUACAUUUCUCCGGCGAAGGUCAGGCACCUGGAUUCUGCUGUGCAUACGAUAGAUCUGAGAAGAAUCGGACGGGAUCGUACCCUCGCUGUUGUAAUUUGCCAUUCUUAUAGCCUCGCCGUUUCAAACCGUUUUCUAAGUGCUAAGUUCAGAGCGAAGAUGAAGUUUGUUCCGCUGAGUCUACAUUUUUUGCGGUUGUUUCUCUUCCGUUUGACACGGCUUUUUGUAAAAAACAUUCAACUAUACGAGCGCCCCGUCCCCGUCG